CGGGACAGGGCGGGAGUAAUGGCUUACUAUAGCUCAGUCUAGCUGUAACCGUUAAUGACAGAGCGAGUUUGUCGAGAUUAGGGAUCCAGAGUUCAGCCGAGUGGAGAGACUGCUGCAGGGGGGUGGAAUGGAGGUGUAGAGGGAAGUCUGAGGAAUAUUUAUACUCUAAAGCUUGUAUACAUUACUAUUCAGGGCGCAGAAAGAGGGUGAGAUAGAAGCGGAGAUAAGGGGGUGAGUGGCAGAUCCUGAUUGGAGUUGACAGGCUCCACUCUUCCAGCCCCUUUUUCUCCCAAACCAGGAAAUUGAGUUUGUACUCCGAAACGAGAAACCCGUUCAGCCCUUCGGAGGCAGGAUAGAUGAGGAAGUGCUCAUUAUCCGCACUGUUUUGUUCACUUUUCUCGCUUUGGGACCCGGAGCAGCGCAGAGCAGCUGAACAAUGAGUGAGCUGAGUGUGUGUAACGCGAGGGCCACGGUGAUGGUGUACGAUGAAGCUGGGAAGCGCUGGGUGGCGGCCGGCACCGGCGCUCAGACCUUCAGUCGUGUACAGAUCUACCACAACCCCACCGCCAACAGCUUCAGAGUAGUGGGGAGGAAGAUGCAGGCUGACCAGCAGGUGGUGAUGAACUGUCCACUCGUGAAAGGGCUGAAAUACAAUCAGGCCACGCCCAAUUUCCAUCAGUGGCGAGAUGCACGGCAAGUUUGGGGUCUAAACUUCGGCAGUAAGGAGGAUGCCGCGCUCUUCGCCAGUGGCAUGAUGCAUGCUCUGGAAGUGCUCAGUGCUGACGGAGGAUAUUCUCUAGGCCCCCGUAUGGUAAAUGGACCAACCCAAGAGGAGCUGGAACAGCAAAGAAGAUUGGAGCAACAGAGACUGGAGCAACAGGAGAGAGAAAGACAAGAAAGAGAGAGACAAGAGAGAGAAAGACUGGAGAGAGAGCGACAGGCUGCUUCUGUGAUGAUACCUCCUGCACCUCCUCUUGCCCCCGGAGGCCCACCAGCUCCCCCUGCUCCACCUCCUCCACCCGGCCCCCCUCCCUCUGUUGGAGGUGGACCCCCACCACCACCAGGGCCCCCACCGUGUGGUGGAGGUGCACCUCCACCACCACCCCUUCCCUCUUCCUCGGGUGGGGGAGGUGGAGGAGGUUUAGGAGGUGGAGGAGGACUUGCCGCUGCUCUUGCAGGAGCAAAACUACGCAAAGUUGCCAAGCAGGAUGAAGGUGGUACUGCAGCUCCUUCUGCCUCUGCUCCUGCUCCUGCUCCUAGUAAACCUGACUUGAGCCGCUCCAGUGGGUCUGGGCCUAGUGGAGGAGGGGGAGACCUGAUGGGAGAGAUGAGUGCCAUACUUGCACGACGGAGGAAAGCAGCAGAUAAAGGGGAGAAAGCUCCUCCAGCCCCAAAGACAGAAGAGCCUAGUAAUGAUGAUUCUGAGUCUCAAGGCCAAAGCGACACGUUAAGGAGGCCGUGGGAGAAGAGCGCUACCAUGCCCAGGAAUAACUCUGUUACCCGAGGUCUGGAUUCUCCCGCCUUCACUGCUCUAACACCCAGGCUGAAAACAGCUGGCUCAUCCAAUGACGGUGAGAGUGGAGAGGAGUCUGAGCUGGAGAGAGUCAAGCAGGAGCUGCUGGAGGAAGUGAGGAAAGAGCUGCAGAAAGUCAAGGAUGAAAUCAUUGGAGCAAUCAUUCAGGAGUUACAGAGAAGAAGCACAUAGUCCCUCUCUCAUACUCUCUCUCUCUUUCUUUCUCUCUCUCUCUCUCUCUCUCUCUCUCACUCUCUCACACACAUACACACACACAUAUGCAGGGACUUAAUCCAUUCAGCUUGAUAUUGAUUUUCAUUUUUAAUCAUUUAGUCUUUAUUUUAUUUUCCCCAUCAUCAUCAUCAUCAUCAUCAUCAUCAUCAUAAUCAUGGCGUACUCAGAAAAGUUUAAACCACCCUUGGGGGUUAAUGAAAUGUGUAUGUAAUUAAGACCAGUUACUGUAAAAAGCUCAGUGAGCACACACAUUCUCAUUCUCACUCUCUCUCUCUCUCACACACACACACUCGCACUCUCACUCAAUCUGCAAUCACACCAGAGUUGCACUUGUCCACAGACAGGAAGUGUAUGCAUGUCUCUUCAUGACUCUAACUGGUCUGUGUUGUUCGAGAGUACAGCCAAAUGCAAGACUGUGUGCUGCUCUUAAACAGCACAGCUAAAUAUUAUGUCAUGUAAAUAGUAGUAGGCAUCUGUGCCAUAAUUCACUAGUGAACUGUAUUCUGGAACUAGCAAGCAGGCAGGCGAGGUAGCUUCAGUGGAGGUUUUUCCUCAUUUCAGGGCUCUGUCUCAAAUCAUGCACCAUGCACUAUAUUACUACACUAUGUAGCACCUGGACAUUUGUCAGCAAGCAACCCAAAUCAAACACUAGUGCUUUUUCACUAAACCCAAACGACUCUCCGUCAUGUGGCACCUCACAUUAUUAAGCUGUGCCAGAACUCCCUCUACAGCUCUUUUCUCUUCAUUUGCAAUUGUGGUGUAAUGGCAUUCCUCUUGGCCAUUAUGAAAAUUUGAAACCAUAAAGGCCUUUGUUGGCUCUGUCCGUUCUGUUGCUUAGGGCAGACUGCAACCAUCACGCGUGAAAAGUAUCUGGUGUGCAACACUGUCAUUCCUGCUCAGUUUUAGCACACCAUCCAGGUAUUAAUAGUACACUACAUCUCACUGAUUUUCCCAGUGUUCACCAUGGAAGUACGUGAUCUGAAAUUUGAGAAACAACACGGAUUUGCAUUAUAUCUAGAAACACUGAUUUUUUUUAUUUUUUAUUUAACAUUAGCUGCCUGUUGGGAUAGAUAGAUAUAAAUUAGCUAGCCAUGUAGACAGCCUUGCAGGCCAAGCAGUGUUGAAGCGGAUGCUUAAAUGGAUUUGUGUAAGGAAAUCAUGUUCUCUGAUGAGCCUGACAGGUUCCUAGUGUUUCUAGAUGGACUUAUUUGUAUAAAGUUGAGAACAUUUUUGCCUCUGUACAGCCGUGUAGUCUCUCAGGAUGGUGAUGUGAUUUAGUCUACAUACGCUUAUAUUCUUUCAGCAAACACUUUUAUCCGGAGCUGCUUAGAGUGACAAUGGUGUACACUGUAAGAAUGAUUGAUGUCAUGUGCUCCAGACUAGAGAGGGUUGUUGACAUGCUGACUGCCAGAUAAUAAUCAAACCUGAUAAUACAAACCAACAAUAAUUGAGUAGUGUAACCAGACACACUGUGAUGCUAAUGAGCUGAUGGAUAGAGACACACGCAUACACACUCACUCACACAUACACACACACACACACACUCAGGGGGAUUUCAUAAUUGUAUUACAUAAAAUAAACACUAAAUAAGGCACUUUGUGCCUCAUGAACACAAUCACAUAGUCACUAUGCAAAGCUUGAUUCAAAUGCCAUUGCAACACUUUCCAGUUUAACCAAAUUGAAAUAAUUCCAUUGAUUCCAAGUGGUCCACACAAUCUUUUAGGCUGCAUGUCCUUGACAAUUAUUAUUUUUUUUGUUUGUUUUGUUUAAAGCCCGAAUUGUGUACCUGACUCUUCUCAGUUCCUCUGUUUCAAGGCAUUGGCAACAUUUUAUCACAAAUUUGAUUUUUUUUCUUUCUUGUUUUCUCUAAAGUGAAAUACUGCCAGAGUACUUGUACAUGUUUGCCAAGGAAAAAGGCAUUUGUCCAAUGUUAAUAGUUGGAAAGUACACGUUCUUGCACUAUGUCCUGUGUGAAUUUGAGCUGAAUCAUUUUAACAUGUGGAACUGACUUGAAAUCCCUUUUCAUUCCCAAUGCCUGGAAUCAGGUAAUCAGCUCUUUUUUUGGGGAAUCAACUUCCAGCUCUUUGAAUGGAUAUAAAUAAUCAACUAGAUAUAAAUAAUGAUGUUUCUGUUUAGACCAAAUUGCCUUUUGAUACAUGUGUGUGUACCCAGCUUUGCAGUGUGAGCGUACAGAUAUGUAUACACACACGCACACACACACUGAUCUUUUGGUGGGCAGGGUUUGUGAUUAUUGAGUUUCUUAUUAUUGGGUUUUUGUUUAUUUCUAUAGCUUUACUAUAUUUGAAACUUUUUUUUACACUGAAACACACACACACACACACACACACACACACACACACUGGAGCAUUGCCUUUAUACCCAAAUACAGCUGCUGCAUCAACAUG